GGAGGCCUGAAGCGCGGUCUUGUUUGGACUGCAUGAUACAGCUGGCAGGUGCAGGCCCGGAGGCAGGCGAGGGGGCGAACUGAGACUCAGUUUAGUGCGCAGCCGGUGGGGAGGAGUCAGGUGAGGCAAGCCAAGGACCAGGGCUGAAGCCGGAGGCCAGGGCCGGGGCUGGCGGGCGCAGCGCCCCCUGGGCGUGCAGGUUGGUCUGAGGGUAAGGGAGCGCGCGGGGCAGCGAGGACGCGCGGGCGGUGAGGCCUAAGCGCGGGGCUGCGGGAGCCAUGCGGCAGACAAGGAGCAACGCGUCCUCGGAGCAGCGCAGGCAGAAGCGGCCUGGGGCCUCAAGGGCUCCCGCCGCCGCCGCCGCCUCGGCUCCCGGCGCCACCCGCACACGGCGUCCCACGGGCCAAGUGGAGAACAGGAGCCUGGCGGCGAGUUGGAAGCCGUCGGCGAAGCAGCGGCCGAGGCUGUCGUCGCCGCUGGCCCAGGAGGCGGAUACCGGGGAACCGGAGCCCGCGCUGCUGCCGCGGCCGCCACCGCCUCCGACCCCGGUGACUACCACGUCCUCGGUGGCCACGUUGGACCUGGGUGACCAGAGGGAGCGCUGGGAGACGUUCCAGAAGCGGCAGAAGCUCACCUUCGAGGGUGCCGCUAAGCUUCUGCUGGACACAUUUGAGUACCAGGGCCUGGUGAAACACACGGGAGGCUGCCACUGUGGAGCAGUUCGCUUUGAAGUCUGGGCCUCGGCAGACUUACACAUCUUUGACUGCAACUGCAGUGUUUGCAAGAAGAAGCAAAAUAGACACUUCAUUGUUCCUGCUUCUCACUUCAAGCUCCUGAAGGGGGCCGAGAGCAUAACCACGUACACGUUCAACACCCAUAAGGCGCAGCACACCUUCUGUAAGAGGUGCGGUGUACAGAGCUUCUACACGCCCCGCUCCAACCCUGGUGGCUUUGGAAUCGCUCCACACUGCCUGGAUGAGGGCACCGUUCGGAGUGUGGUCAUUGAGGAGUUCAACGGCAGUGAGUGGGAGAAGGCCAUGAAGGAGCACAAGACCAUCAAGAACAUGUCCAAAGAGUGAGCUCCUGCUUCCUCCAUUCCUGAAAAGGACGGUGAUUGGGGAAGCAGUUUGCUGUCCCCUCUGCUCUCCAUGGCGCCAUGAACCUGGCUGACCCCGGCUGCGGCCGUGCCAAGCUCUGCCCCUUGCUCCAGCUACCAGUUUCUUUAGGCAGCUCUCUGUCCUUUGUCAGCUCAGAUCUUGAUGCAGGCUAGUUAACUCCUUUCUUUCCUUCCCCAACUUUUAUGUGAUCUUUUAGAAAAAUAAAUAUUUUAAUAUUAAAGCA